AUGGAUGGGAUAGAGGAUGAUCACCAGCGGAAGCUUUUUACUGCAGGGGUGGAUACGCUGGAUAAAUUCAGCGCUUUUGCGACCGGGGAACCCGAUCUGCUUGCAGUACUGAAAGAGGAGUUUGGGCUGGACCCUUCGGCAAGUCUAGCGGCCAGGGGGCAAGUGGCAUCUUUCAUCGCAGCCUGGAAGGCAUCCAAGGUACGGGUGCAACGGCAGGCCGAAGUGGAAGCAGAGCCGGACACCCGGGAAUGGACAAAACCCAUUCCCACGGCGGAGUAUCUUCUGCUGCGACAGGCCUACGUCAAGGCGCAUGGCACCCUGGAUGAGCGAGUCCUGCCUUCUAAGGAAUUUCUGGAGAAGAAAUUACAGGAGGUGGAACACGGCGAGUUCAAAGCUGAAUCCCUGCAGGAGGUCACCACGCGUGACGAACUGGAUCCAGAUACCUUGGUUCCGGUCUGGGACUCGAAAGGAGUUAUGACAGUAAAGCGUGGCAGCUCUCGGGUCCCCCUUCCCUCAAAUCCUGAGGAACUUCGGCGACGCUUGAACAUUAUGCGGAAUGCUUAUCUCAUGUUGAGGCUAAAAUUUCCGGGGCGCGCGGACCUGCAGGACAUUGGGGCUGACCUCUUCGAACGGUAUAAGGAAUAUCUUCUGGGGGAUUAUGUCCACAACUUGCAGGCGCGGGAUUCGGCGGACAGCGUUGUUCACACUCCGCCUUGGCAGCUGGUCCUCUCCUACGAGCAGGCCAUCCGGAAGCAAGCUUUCCAUUACAUGGUCACGGAAUCGAUAGCCAUGGGAGCAGCCUGGGAGAAGGCCUGGAAGGACCCGGUGACGAAGGAGCGGCAUUUCGCGACUCCUCUGUCACUCUACGCCAAACGGAAGCCAGACCCACCCCCGAAUCUGCCUCCUCGUGAUACCUGGAUCGCAAGGCCGCCUGGCAGAGGUCAGAAGGGAGGACCGGGGAGCCCAUUUGUUUCAGGUUCAACACGGAAGAAGGACUUUUUCCUUUCGCGGGUUCGUUCGGGGUGUUACUUUGCUGUGGUCUUGAGUCCUCCCUGUUCGACCUUCAGCAGAGCACCGUGGCGCAACAACCGCGGACCUCGGCCGCUGCGUUCCUACGACCACCCCGACGGGCUUCCAGGCUUGCGCUGGGGCGAGCAGCGCAAGGCUCGGCUGGGCAACACCCUUGCCGACUUCUCCAUGCGCGUGGCAGCGGCGGCACUGCACCUGGAGCACAGCUACGUGUUGCUCGAGCAACCUGAGGACCUUGGGGCGGUCGCAGCCGGCUCACGGCCGUCGUCUAUGUGGCAGCGGGCAUCCUUUCGGGCCAUCGCGGAUCACCCGAGAGCUCUGCACGUUGCCUUCCACCAGGCGGAUUUCGGUACACCAUACCCGAAGCCAACGCGGCUGCUGCUGGCGACGGGGCAGCCACUUCCGGACGCUAUGCACCGUGGCUUACCUUCCUUCGACGACCUCGGCUUCUAUAAAGGACCGCUGCCACGGCAUGCCACAGCUGGCCGGAUGAAACCACGCUCAGGUGCUGCCUUCGCCACUACAGGCACGGAACAGUGGCCUUCGGACUUCUGCAAAUGGGUUGCGACUUCCAUCUUGGAUGAUUUCCUCAGCCCUGCCUCCACUGCUGGCGUUGGGGACUCUCAAAGCUCGGAGACAGAGGCCUCGGACGAUGAGACACCGAAUACGGGGGGCAGGGUCUUUCGCUUCAACCCGGUCACAGAAUCAGCCAAGGAGACAGGGGGCCGACUGGGAGAGACGGAAGAACUGUCACUCAGGUGCUUAAAGAGGGGCUACGUUACAGGCGCCGAACUGCUGGAGCUAUCGGGAAGGCUACCGGACGAGACGCGGAUAAGGGAAUCUGCGCUGGAGGUGGAGGGGCAGAGAUCCUUCACCACGGGGGCCUAUGUUCACAAGGACAACGUAGGACUGAGGCGGAACCUUCGGAACCACCGCUGGACUAGUGAGCUUCUGGCGAGGGUCCUGGCGGUCUCAUUCCCGGGGAAGCCUUUCUCUUCUCUGGCGCUCUUCAGGGACCUCAAGCAACCGGCGCACCGAGACUCGACGAACGGUCCAUGGGAGAACCUGCUCCUGGCCUGCGCAACCUUUGAGGGGGGUGGCAUCUGGGUUCAGGCCGAUGAGGGGCCGACCAAACGUCAGGUCCUCAACAAGGAGAUGGGGGGACGAGUACUGGAGAAGAGAGGCAAGAUCACCUUCGAUGCGCAUCGCUGGCACUCUACGGAGCACUGGACUGGAACGAGGCUGGUCUUGGCGGGCUAUACGAUCGCGGGCGUGGAGAAUCUCGGAGCCGAAGACCGUGGUCUACUACGGAGUCGGGGCUUUGCCCUAGACCCCACACCGGGGAAAGCCCGGGAACCUGGCCUCCAAUUCCUGGAGGAGAAGGGCCAGCCAGAGUAUGCCGGAUGGGACCCCUCGAAACGCAAGUACUGCUGCGCGGAAGGCUGGGAAGAUCUGCGGCUGAAGCUGGAUGACAUCCUCCUGGAGCACGCGGGAGGUGACGCGCAGCUGGACAGAGCCCCCUUCGAGAUGGCGGCGAAGGGGGAACUCGGCUGUGGCUUGGUCUCGGACCCAGCCCUCCAUGGAAAGCUGAUCGGGGCGAUGGUGGCGCACCUCCAGCAGAAGGACCCUGGCCAAGGUGACCUGGAUGACGUGGACCCGGGUCAGCCCUUCCGACUUCGCCUCAUUUCGGCCCUUUUGAAGGAU